AUGUUAAUCGUUAUUCCUGUUCGUCUGUGGCAUCUUUCGCAAAGACGAACCAAAGUUGUGGGGUCAUGGUUGGUUCUCAUCAAGCUUGCAGCUUGGUUGGCACAACUGGGUCUUCAAAUUGCACAAACAGCUUUAUGGGCAAUUCCGGCAGCCGACAGCACCAAAGCGUCGGUUCCGGCCAAUGUGAUCCUCACAGUCGGCGUACUCGCUCUCGUUCUGCUUUCAUAUGCAGAGCACACGCGCUCUGUGCGACCCUCCUUCUGGUUGAACACCUACCUCUUCUGCAGCCUGCUUUUCGAUAUUGCUCAUUCCAGAACGCUAUGGCUUCGCAGUGUGGACCCCUUCAAUGAUGUUCUGGCCAUCAUUGCUACCACAGCAGUGGGUGUCAAAUCAAUUUUGUUCGUGCUCGAGGCUGUGGAGAAGAGACAUAUUCUCAAAUCGGAAUAUGCGGGUUUCUAUAACCGGGCCGUAUUCUGGUGGCUGAACCCUCUGUUCAAGAUCGGCUUCACAGGCGUCCUGCGGGUAUCAGAUCUCUCUUCAUUGGAUAAGGAAUUGAGCUCAGAGCGCUUGUUAGCUCGGUUUGACCAGAAAUGGAGCAAAGUGGCAACUAAAUCACCCAACACCCUCCAAUGGGAGUCAUUGGAAGCUGUCAAGUGGCCUCUACUUGCAGGUGUUCCUGCCAGAGCUUGUGUCGUGGCAUUCAACUUUUGCCAGCCUUUGCUUCUGGAGAGAUCGCUCUCUUUCUUCAAUUCGCCCGUCAAUGAGGGUACCCAAAACAUUGGAUAUGGACUCAUUGGAGCCUAUGUCUUGGUUUACGGGGGACUGGCCGUUUCAAUGGGCCAGUACCAGCAUCUUACAUACCGCGGGAUUACCAUGGUCCGAGGUGUACUUGUCACAAUGCUAUACAAGAAAGCCACCUGUCUGAGCCUCGGGGAGACUGAUCCGGCGAACUCGCUCACUUUGAUGAGUGCAGAUGUCGAGCGCAUCACACAAGGAUGGCAGACCAUCCAUGAGAUCUGGGCGAACUCAGCUGAGAUUUCUUUGGCUAUCUACCUCCUCAAGAUCCAACUUGGGAUCUCCUGUGUUGUUCCCGUUUGCGUUGCUGUCUUCGCUUUGGUCGGAUCUCUAGUCGGCAUGUCUUUUGUGGUUGCACGACAAGCCAACUGGCUGGAAGCUAUCGAGAAGCGAAUUUCCUCUACUUCCGGGAUGCUGGGCUCAAUCAAGGGAGUCAAAAUGCUUGGCUUACAAAAUAUCUUCAUGAAGUUCAUUCACGGUCUUCGGAUCAGCGAGCUGGAUAUCUCUAAGAAGUUCCGUACCCUUCUGGUUUACAACAUGGCAUUUGCCUGGUUGACCCGCGUGUUUGCUCCGAUCUUCACCUUCGGUGUAUAUGUCGGUAUCUCCAGCGAGCCUUUGAGUGUCUCUCGGGCUUUCACCUCUUUGUCCUUGUUCUCGCUGUUGGCAGACCCUCUCAUGACCUUGGUAAUGGCACUCAUGUCGUUCGCUGGUGCUGUUGGAUCUUUCCAGCGAAUCCAACAGUUCUUGGACAAAGAGGACCACACCGAUCGCCGUGGUAGCUCCUCGCAGACUUUGUUCCUCGAUGAUCUCGCCGAAAAAAGACCACUGUCCAAGGCUAAGGAUCUUGAGUUGUCAUCCAUCAACUCGGACUCUGUCGAAUCGCUCAAGCGCACUAGUGGUGUGUCUUCUACAAAUGCUGUCGUCGUUCAAGGUGGAAGCUUUGGAUGGGAAGCUAACAAGGAUCCAAUCCUCAAUGACAUUACCAUUACCAUCCCACAAGGCAGCUUCACUGUUAUCAUCGGGCCGUCUGGAUGUGGCAAGUCCACUUUGCUCAAGGCUCUUCUUGGGGAAAUCCCCUGCUCUGGUGGCAAGGUUGCACUGGCCUCUCCCAGCGUUGCAUAUUGUGAUCAAACGCCAUGGCACAUGAAUGGCACUAUCAAAGACAGCAUCGUUGCGAUGUCUGACUAUGAUGCUCAAUGGUAUGCCUCUGUAAUUCGGGCUUGCGCUCUGGAAGAAGACCUCGCACAGUUCCCUCGUGGGGAUGCUGCUGUUAUCGGAAGCAAAGGCAUCGCCCUCAGUGGCGGUCAAAGCCAACGUAUCGCACUUGCAAGGGCAGUCUACGCUCGGAGAAAGAUCAUAAUCCUCGAUGAUGCUCUCAGCGGUCUGGAUGCUACCACUGAGAAUCACAUCUUCCACAGCCUUCUCGGCCCCAGAGGACUUCUGAGGGCGACUGAGUCUUCUGUUAUCAUUACUUCAUCUUCUGUCAAGCGCCUUCCCUAUUCCGAUCACAUCAUUGUGUUGGAGCCAGGUGGUCGGAUUUCCGAACAGGGAACCUUUGCUUCCCUGAACAAAACUGGUGGAUAUGUGUCAAGCUUCGGACUCAGUCUGCCUGAUUGGGAAUACAAGCCAAAGCGAUUCUCCGACUCUCCCAGUUACAGCAGUAUGGACACUAUCCAGAACAAGGAGGAGGUUCCAGUCGAGGAGCCCGAGCAUCUCGACCGCGGUGGCGAUCUCGGAAUCUACACAUACUACAUCAACACGAUCGGAUGGAUCCCUGUAAUUAUUUUCAUGGUCGCAAUGGCCGGCUUCGUGUUCUGCAUCUCUUUCCCCAGCAUCUGGGUGAAAUGGUGGGCCCAGUCCGACACAGAACAUCACAAACAGGAGAUUGGCCACUAUCUCGGUAUCUACGCGAUGCUUGGCUGUAUCGCCAUGCUCGCACUGAUUGUCGGCUCCUGCCAAAUGAUCAUCACCAUGGUCCCAAAGUCUGGCGAGAGCUUCCACCGCAAGCUGCUUACCACUGUCCUGGCCGCUCCGAUGCUGUUCUUUUCUACCACCGACAGCGGUUCAAUCCUCAACAGGUUCAGUCAAGACUUGCAACUCAUCGACAUGGAGCUCCCUGUCGCCGCGAUCAACACUGUUGUUACAUUUUUCCUCUGUCUGGCGCAGAUGGCUCUCAUUGGAGUUUCCUCCAAAUACGCAGCUAUCUCUUUCCCGAUCGUGCUCGGUAUCUUGUUCCUCAUUCAGAAGAUGUACCUGCGCACCUCGCGCCAGCUUCGUUACUUGGAUAUCGAGGCCAAGGCUCCGCUGUACUCGCACUUCACAGACUGUCUUCAAGGACUUGUGACCUUGCGAGCCUUUGGAUGGCAACAUGCCAUGGAAAAGAAAAACAUUGCUCUCCUAGACCACUCGCAACGACCAUUCUACUUCAUGUUCGCUAUCCAGCGCUGGCUCACCCUGUCGCUGGACAUGGUCGUAGCCGGAAUCGCUGUCCUUCUGAUCGUGCUGGUCGUUGCCUUGCGUGGAUCAACCCUCAGUGCAGGCUACGUGGGUGUUGCCUUACUGAACGUUAUUCAGUUCAGUCAGAGCAUCAAGCUCCUGGUGACAUUCUGGACUAACUUGGAGACACACAUCGGUUCCAUUCAGCGCAUCAAAGACUUUACAUCAACUGUCGAGUCGGAGGACAAGCCUGGUGAAGACCAAGAUGUGCCCCCUAACUGGCCCUCCAAGGGUGCAGUUGCCUUCAACUCUAUCUCUGCGGCUUACAGACCCUCCGACCUAGUUCUCAACGAUGUCUCUCUCACUGUCGAGGCAGGCGAGAAAGUCGGCAUCUGCGGACGCACCGGCAGUGGAAAAACCUCCAUGAUCAUGAGCAUCUUCCGAAUGAUGGAACUAACCAGCGGCACCAUCACCGUGGACGGGGUUGACAUCAGUCGACUCCCCCGACGAGAGAUCCGCUCUCGCAUCAACGGCGUAUCACAAGACUCCCUGCUCUUCCAAGGCAGCGUCCGAUCGAACGCCGAUCCAACAGGGACCCGCACGGACAAGGACAUCUUGGCAGCUCUCAAGAGCGUCCAGCUCCUCCCUGCAAUCCAAGAAAAGGGCACUUUAGACACAGAAGUCGACGAGAUCCACCUGUCUCACGGCCAAAAACAACUCUUCUGCCUUGCGCGGGCCCUUCUUCGCCCCGGCAACAUCCUCAUUUUGGAUGAAGCAACUAGCAACAUCGAUACCAAAACAGAUGAGAUCAUGCAGCGCGUCAUCAGAGAGAAAUUCUGUAAUCACACCAUCAUCGCUGUGGCCCACAAACUUGACACAAUUCUCGACUUUGAUCGUAUUAUCGUCUUGGAUGCUGGUCGCAUUGUUGAGAAUGGGGCCCCGUAUGAGCUUCUCGCCGAGCCCAAGUCGCAUUUCAGCCAACUUUAUGCGAGUGCCAUGGCGACGGAGGAGUCAUAUUGA